AGACAGUGAAGUGUCCAACCUAGAAAUAAUAUCAAGAACUUGAAGAAGGUGAAAGACUUGACAGAGAUGCCCCAAGUCAAAUCCUAUUGAAAAAAAACAAAAUUCUUUUAAUUCACUUCGAAUCUUGUUUUUUCAUAGCCCUUUUUCCUUUCCCUGUUAAAUUCUUGCUAUUUUUUUUAAUUAUUUGUUGCACAUAUUCACAUUUGUAUAUGAAAUUUAGCAACCCCACAUGUAAAAAUCGCAGCUUUAUUGGGUAUUAAUCUUGGGGUUGUGAAAACAUGAGGGAAGUUGAAGUUCCAUCAUUAAUCACCUUAUGUAUAUACUCAGUCAGAGAUGAACUCAUUCGAGGAAAUGAUGAUCUUUCAUCAGUAUUAUAUCAACUUCCCACAGAGUUGUUCGACCAAUUGUUGCGACAGCUACCUCCAUUGGCGUUGCACAAGUUACAAGAAAGGAAAUCUGAUAUCUUGGAUGAUUAUGAGCUUUUGACUGACGGUGUUGAUAAUCACAGAAAGCGUAAAAGAUAUCUGAAUUUUGAGGAAGAGUGGAAAAAACUGUAUGAAGAACGGUGGCCUGCUCUUGGUCGGAGGAGUAAGAAUUUCAAGAGUAAGUCAUUUGCCAGGUCAGCAAAAGCGAAAGAAGUAGAGUGUGAAUCCGCAGAUGACUGGCAACAGAUGUACUGGGAAGCACAUUUGCAGAAGAACAGUUGCCUGGAUACAGUAGCAGAGAUAGCUUUAUUCCCAUCUUUUCAUGGUCCAAUUGGUGACUUAGAAGUUCAAGGAUCAAUCCUAAACUAUAUUGAUCGUAAGGGAGACAUCAAUCGAUUCACCUGUGACCAUUCCAAGUUCGCUUAUCACUGCCAACAAUUUGGAUCGUAUGCCAGACACCUGAGACUGCCAAAUGUUCUGUGUGUGGAAGAAACUUGUCUUUCACUUAGAAAUGCAAGGUUGGAGAGUUUGGAAUUACAGUGGAUUAAGUCUGAUGAGCAUGUCGAGGGGUUAUGCAAACUCAUCAACCAGAACUAUGGAUCCCUAAAGUCGAUUAAAUUCAUGCAUUGCAAGUUUACGAUGGCUUCUCUUAAUGCAAUUUGUGACUUGCUAUGCAUGCAUUGUCCUCAAGCACAUGGAUUGCAACAUUUCUCAAUCAAGACAUCAAGCCUCCUAGAGACCCCUUCAUUGCCUGCUGGACUGAUAUAUUUGCUAUCAUCAGGGAGGUCCCUAUCUUCAUUAUGCUUAUCAGACAGCCAUCUUCCUCGACAUUUUGCGAGGAUAGUUUUUGAUACCCUCAUUGAUGCUUCAUCUAGUAUUACCAUUCUGGACCUUUCGGAAAACAAUAUUAUGGGAUGGCUUUCUCAUUUUAAAUGGAAGUACAGAAGUACCACAGAGCCAUCAGGGACGUACAAUUCAUUGAAGUCAUUAAAGGUGCUUAAUUUAAGGAACUGCAAUCUACAGAGGGACGAUGUGGAUUGUCUCAGAUAUGCUCUAGUCCACAUCCCUAAUCUUGAGCAACUUGAUCUCAGUGACAAUCCUAUCGAGGAUGCUGGAAUCAGGUGUCUGAUUACCUACUUCACAGAGAUGUCAAAUAGACAUUUCCCCCUUGUCGAAUUGAAGCUGGGAAGUUGUGAGCUUACAUGCUUUGGAGUUUGUGAACUUCUAGAAGUUCUUUCAGCUUUGAGAAAACCACUGAAUUUUCUCUCGAUUGGAGGCAAUUCUCUUGGCAGUGAGAUAGGAACACCACUAGGGAAGUUUCUAUGCGGAGGUCUUCAAGCUCUUGAUAUUGAAGACAUUGGGCUAGGUUCUUCUGGCUUCAUGAGAGCAGGCAAAGAGUUAGUCAAGGAGUCAAAGCUCCACUCCAUCAACAUAAGCAAGAAUCGAGGUGGAAUUGAAACUGCAAGAUUUUUGGCGAAGCUUUUCUCUCAUGCCCCUCAUCUUUCAACAGUAAACGCAAAAUACAACUUUAUGCCCAAAGAAUCUUUGUCAAUCCUUUGCUCUGCUGUAAAAGCUGCAAAAGGUAAACUGGAGCAUUUGGAUUUGAGGGGAAAUAUCUUAUGUGGACAACAAACUGAUCUACCUGAGCUGGCUGAAUUUCAAACCAAUGGAUUUUCUAUUUUGGAACUCUCUUAUUCACCAGCUGCAAGUGAACCUUAUGAUGAUGAUCCUUAGUUGCUUCAACUGUCGGAUGAAAGCUUCGAGCACAAAUAAUGAUCUUUCUAUGCCCCCAGGGCUUUGGUUCAAUGGCUAAGAUAGUACAGCACACUAAGUGUGGGUAGGAGCAUUUCACGAGUUUCUGAUCCUGUUGUGGAUCAUGUUUGGUAUUUAAGCGAAGAAGGGUAGAGGUACACACCCCUUAUCAAAAAAAAAAAAAAAAAAAAAAGGUAGAGCUGCACACCCAUUAUCAACACGAGCAUUGAGGCUGAAGACAAUAAAUAGUGAAUAAAAAAAGAAGUGUAAUGAUAUUUUUGUAACACUAAAUACUGGCCAUUCCCGUAUAUGUUGUGUUGCAUAUCGAAAAAGUUUUUCUCCUAUACAAGUAUCGUGAUCUGUAACUUUUUCAGAUUUUGACGUGUUAAUUUUUGGUUUGAGGUGCUGAAUUCUUGUUCAUGGACAAAGCUGU